AUGAAGGUCCUUCUUCUCGCCUUGAUCCUUCUCCUUCCAUUGGUCUUCACCGAGAAUGAUUUCUCAGCUGCCUUCGAUGGAAUCAUGGAUGGAGCCAUGGACGGAUACUACCGUCACCAGUACCCAGUGCUCUCUCGUCAACGGCGAUAUCUCGAGACUGCCAAGCAACGACGAUGCGGAAGCAAGCUCAUGGAGGCCGUCACUGCUGCAUGCCAGCGUGGCUGCGAACCAGGUUCCGGUGUCAGCCUCUCCACUCUUUGUUGCUCCGAAACUUGUAAUUACCAAGACAUACGAUCGGUUUGCUGCAUUGAGAAAUUUUGA